AUGGUCUUUCAGCUAUCGGAUCAACAGAAGCAGCAGUUUGAGGCGGACGGCCACCUAGUCAUCAAGGGUUUCUUCAGCCAGACCGAUGCCGACAAGCUGCUGGACAAGUCGAGGCAGCUCUUGCGGGACUUCGACCUCGACUCGCAUCCGAUGACCCAGUUCGUCGGGACUGCUCACGCCGGUGAGAAGAAGCACAUCGGCGACGACUACUUCCUCUCGUCCGGAGACAAGAUCCGCUUCUUCUUCGAGCCGGCGGCGUUUGACGAGGAUGGGAAGCUGAACCGACCGAAGGAGCUGGCUGUCAACAAGAUCGGUCACGCCCUCGCGAUACUCGACCCAGACUUCCGCCGCUUCUCCUUCUCCGACGAUAUCAAAGCCCUCGUGCGCGACCUUGGCUCUUACCGCGACCCUCGACUGAUCCAGAGCAUGGUCAUCUGCAAGAACAAGGAGGUUGGCGGCCAAGUCGGCGUACACGACGAUCAGACGUUCCUCACGUCCGAUCCUUCGACCGCUAUGGGUCUUUGGUUCGCCCUCGAACCGGCUACACCUGAGAACGGAUGCCUUUCGUUCGUCCCGGGAAGUCACAAGAUCAACAGAUUGACGAAGCGGCUUGUGCGGGCGCCUGGCGGAGGGACGGAGAUGGUGCCGGUACCAGGGAUGGAGGAUGAGCCGUCGGUCGACUGGACGGCGGACGGAGUUGAGUGGGUGGCCGCACCUUGCGACGCAGGGGAUCUCGUCCUCAUUCACGGCGCCGUGAUUCACCGAAGCGAGCGCAACACGUCGCAGAAAAGCCGCUCCAUCUACACCUUUCACUGCAUCGAGGGUUCCGCACGGCUGCAACCUACACCCAAGAUGCCCUUCCCUUCGCUCUACGACACCGCGCCAGAGAUGUAA